AUGCCGCGCGAAGACAUCGAGUUCAAAACGCAGGACGGCGUGACUCUACGGGGGUGGCUGUACACGCCGUCCGUGCCGGCACCUUCCAGCGGACUGCCGUGCAUCGUCAUGUGCCACGGCUUCGGCGCCGUGAAGGAGAUGGGCAUCGACGCGUUCGCCGAGCGCUUUACCACGCGCAUCCCCGUCUGCGCCCUCGUCUAUGACAACCGCAACCUCGGCGCCAGUGACGGCCUGCCCCGACAAGAAGUCAUCCCGGCCCUGCAGUGCUCCGAUUACAGUGAUGCCAUCACCUACGCGCAGUCCAGACCUGAGGUCGAUCCGAAACGAGUCGCCGUCUGGGGCACGAGCUACAGUGGUGCGCAUGUGCUUUCGGUGGCGGCGGUCGAUCGUCGAGUGAAAGCCGUCAUUAGCCAGGUCAUGGUCGCGGACGGGUGGGAUAAUUUUCACCGUCUCGUGCGCAACGACUUAGUCAAGGACAUGGAGGCCAUGUUUGAGAAAGGCAAACAGGGUCGUGCGAGGGGCGAGCCGCCCAUGACCAUUCAAAGCGUAUCGGCGAACCCCGACAAGGAGCUCUGCGUCCUGCCCACGCCCGACAGCUGGGAGUACGUGUCGACCUGGAUCAAGAAGCUCCCCAGCGUGGACGCCAAGAACGAGGUGACGGUGCGCAGUAUGGAAGCCUUCCGCGCGUACAACGCCUCGGGCUACAUCCACCACAUCUCCCCGACGCCGUUGCUCAUGGUCAUCGCCGACAAGGACGAGCUGACGCCCACGGAUAUCGCCAUCGAGGCGUACUCGCGAGCCCGCGAGCCCAAGGACAUCUUCAUCUUCCCCGGCGGGCACUAUGCGGGGUACUUUGGCGAGGCCUUUGACAAGAACACGGCCGUCCAGAUUGAGUUCUGGAAGAAGUGGUUGCUCGUAUAG